AUGACGGCAGCGAAGUUGGAGCAGUAUCGAGAGAGAAUUCGGACUGAGCUGGACAGAGUUGUGGAAUUCUGGCUGAAAUAUUCUCAUGACAAACAAUAUGGCGGUUUCUUCACUUGCAUUGCUGAAGAUGGAAAGAUCUAUGAUGAACUCAAAUAUGUAUGGUUGCAAGGGAGGCAGGUGUGGAUGUACUGUCGUCUGUACCGAACAAUGGAGAGGUUUCGCAGGCCUGAGAUUCUUGAUGCUGCUAAAUUAGGCGGAGCUUUCUUACAGAAGUUUGCCCGUGCUCCGACCCCGGGCGGCACAGAGAAAUGCGCUUUCUGUUUGACGAGGGACGGCCGGGCGGUGAAGGUCCAGAGAACCAUCUUCAGUGAGUGUUUCUACGUCAUGGCCAUGGACGAACUGGCCAGAGUCACAGGAGACAAAGACAUGCAGGCAGAUGCUGUGAAGAUGAUGGAUCAGCUGGUGCACUGGGUCAGAGUCGACCCGUCGGGUCUGGGUCGACCGCAGCUGCCUGGCGACUCUCCAGUCAACAGCAUGGCUGUACCCAUGAUGCUCCUGUGCUUGGUGGACCAGCUGAUAGAAGGCAGAUCAGAAAUGAUGGAGAAGUACAGUGAAGUGGGUGACUGGUGCGUAAAGCAGAUUCUCCAGCAUGUUCAGAGAGAUGGAGCUGCUAUUCUGGAAAAUGUCACGCCGGAUGGAAAAGAACUACCCGGUUGUCAGGGACGACAGCAAAACCCAGGCCAUGCCUUGGAGGCUGGUUGGUUUCUGCUUCAGUAUGCUAAACAGAAAGGAGAUGCACAGCUGCAGAAAGAAGCCAUUGAAAAAUUCAUCGAAGUGCCAUUCCAUGCAGGCUGGGACAAGGAGCACGGAGGACUUUUCUACUUUCUGGAUGCGGAUGGUUAUUGUCCCACCCAGCUGGAGUGGAGCAUGAAGCUGUGGUGGCCACACUGCGAGGCUCUCAUAGCCUACCUGAUGGCCUACAGUCAGACCAAUGAGCCGCUUCUGCUGAGCAGGUUCAGCCAGGUGUACGACUACACCUUCAGUCAUUUCCCUGAUCCAGAACAUGGCGAGUGGUUUGGUUAUCUGAGCCAACAGGGAAAUGUGGUGCUGGAUUUCAAAGGAGGACCCUUCAAAGGCUUUUUCCAUGUUCCACGCUGCCUGUACAUUUGUGAGAAGCUGCUGGACGGCCUUCUUGAAAAACAGGAUUCCUGA